UUCGAAUUACGAAAUCAAAUCAAGUCUCGUUCUUUGUACUGGGCAAUCGCUUUAAGACCAUCGCAUAGUCGAAUCUCGUGAUAAUCAGAAAAACCCUCAAGCUUGUUUUAGUCACCGAUUAUACUUUGAAACUGAAGUGUGAAAAAAAUGGGAAAGGAUCAACAUAAUCACAGUGACAGAGGAUUCUUCCACCACUUAGCAGGGUUUGCAGGCGGACAUUACCGGCCUCACAGUCAUGGUUAUGGUCAUCACGGUCACGGUUAUGGAGCUCCUUAUCCAUACCCGCCUCCUCCUCCUCCUCAUCAUGGCUAUCCACCAGUUGCUUAUCCUCCACACGGUGGUUAUCCUCCAGCUGGUUAUCCUCCAGCCGGUUAUCCUCCUCACGGUUAUCCAUCUCAUGGCUAUCCCGGUCCAUCUCACUCAGGACAUCACCAUGGAGGCAUAGGAGCAAUUAUAGCGGGUGGAGUGGCUGCAGCAGCUGGUGCUCACCAUAUGUCUCACCAUGGACACUAUGGUCAUCACCACGGUCACGGCUAUGGCUACGGGUAUCACGGUCACGGAAAGUUCAAACACGGCAAGUUCAAGCACGGAAAACGCUGGAAGCACGGCAUGUUUGGGAAGCAUAAGGGGAAAUUCUUCAAGAAAUGGAAGUGAUUGUUUUCCAAAAGAUUGAUCCAAUUCAAAGACCAUACAUUAUCAUUACAUAAGAAUAAAAACUAAGUCUUUUA